AUGCUGUUCAUAAAUGGUAUUCUACUUUAUUUUAUCACUAUCUUGAAUCAAUACAAUUGCAUCAUUGUCGAAACGCCACUUGGAAAAGUAAGUGGUAACCAAAUUGACGUGUUAUCUAAACAUGUCAAUGAAUUUCUUGGUAUCCCAUUUGGUCUACCACCAAUUAAUGAAUUUCGUUUUUCUAAACCACGCCCAACACAACCUUGGAAUGGGAUAUGGAACGCUACAAAUCCUCGUAUAGCUUGUUAUCGAACAAAAUCAAAAGCACCGCCUGAAGUACAAGAGAGCGAAGAUUGUUUAUACCUUAAUAUUUGGACACCUGUUAACAAGGAAAAUCAAACACUUAAACCAGUUAUGUUUUGGAUUUAUGGUGGAUAUUUUACACAAGGUUAUAUCGAUAGAGAUGGCUAUAAUGGUUCAGUAUUAGCAGCAUUAGGUGAUAUUGUAUUUGUAUCAGCUAAUUAUAGAUUGGAUGCAUUUGGAUUUUUAUAUGGCAAUAAUGAAACAGCACCUGGUAAUGUCGGUUGGUAUGAUCAGAAUUUAGCAUUACAAUGGAUUCAAAAAAAUAUUCAAUCAUUCGGUGGUGAUCCAAAUAGUGUCACAAUAUUUGGAGAAAGUGCAGGAAGUACAUCCGUAGCAGCACAUAUUGUAUCUCCAUUAUCAAAUAAGUUAUUUCAUCGUGCUAUAUUACAAUCAGGCAGUAUUUAUAAAUAUCAAUAUUUACAUCGGAAGAAUGCCACUAAAGAAAACAAUUUGGAAUUAGCUAUUAAGAUGAGUAAAGCAUUCAAUUGUUCUCAAAAUCAUGAUCAAUGGUUAAAUUGUUUAAGAAAUAUUCAUCCUAAAUCAAUUGUUAAUUAUACGUUAAAAAAUGAGAAAUUUUUUCCAAUUUAUUCAAAUGGAAGUGUAUGGGAUAAUUUCAUGCCUUCUGAGUCAUUGGCAAAUGUAUUUCAAACUGGAAAUCUGAAUAAAAAUAUUGAUCUGUUAUUUGGAACUGUUAAAGAUGAAGGUUCAUUUUAUUUAACAGAUUUAAUUAAAAGUGAUCAAUAUCUUAAUUUUACGAAACAAAAUGCAAUGGAAACAAUUCAUAAAUUAAUUAAUUACAAUGAAAUAGAUAACAAUUUAAUUUCGAACUUUUAUUUAUCUCAUAUCAAUGAAAAUGAUGUUGAUGGUCUUAAAAGUGCUGUUGCUACUGCUAUAGGUGAUUUUCGUUUAACAUGUCCAACAUAUUAUCUUGCUAGAAAUUAUGCCCGAUUGUCAAAACAUCAUCAUGUUUAUUCUUAUCAGUUAACACAUAAACCAACUAUUCCAUUCAUUGAAAAUUGUCGUGGUUGGAUGGGUGUUUGUCAUGGAGAUGAAUUGAUAUUUAUUUUUGGAUUACCAUUACGAUAUCCUGAACAAUACUCAUGGAUUGAUUAUUACUUUAGCUUAUUAAUGAUUAAUAUUUGGACAAAUUUUGCUAAAACAGAGAACCCAUUACCAAUAAACUUAUCUGGUUUGUCAAAUUUAAAUCAUGUAUCAAAUAUUAAAUGGCCACAUUUUCGAGAAUUAGAUUUGGAUAAAGUCAUUGGAAAUUAUAUGGAAUUACAUCCGAUGCGUUUUGGCAAUGUGAAACAUUAUCCUCAUCAAAGAAGUUGCGAAGGUCUCUGGGAACAAUUCUUUAAUCAGUAUUAA